AUGCCGGAGAGCGUCGAGGCUACCACCGCCAGCGCCGAAACACCUGCAGACCUAAAUCAAAAAGCAAAGAGUGAUGUAGAAGCUCCGGCAGUACCACAAGUACCGGAAGUGGAUGAAUUUGGGUUACCAAUUAAGAAACGGGUUGCGCCAGAAGCUCUCCAGACGGAUGAGGAGGAUACAGUGACGAAGGAUGGAGGACAUAUUGGGGAGCAAAAUUCCACCGAACAUUCCCAAUCUGAUACACCGGAAAAGCUUUCGGCUCCCAAAGAUUCGCGGCCACUCUCACAAGAGGCAGACGUGGACAGUGACGAGGAAUUCAAAGAUGCCCAAUCGAGUCCAGACACCAGGUCGCAGACGCCGCGGCCACUCACAGAUCCAGAAACCGAUCCGCCAACAUCUAUAGAUAAUGGUCCCAGCGACCAAUCUAUGACACGAGAAGUGAAAGAGACCACAGACGAGGUCGACCCUCGACAUGAUGCUGCGCAUGAUGUUCCGACAGCACCCGCAGACAAUGAAGCCGAAGAUUUAGAGAAAGUAGAAUUGAAGGAUAUAGCGGACGAGAAGGUCGAGAAAUUAGAUUCCAAGGAGAAGGGCCAUACGCGGGAGGAGAGUGUUUCCAAACCGGCCGUCUCAGAAUGGUCACAUCAGCAACUCGCACCGAAAGAUGGGAACGUUCCCGAUACGGACGACGAUGGGGAAUGGCAAACUAUGCCAGCAUUCGCUCCAUAUGAUAUGUACGAUGAUGAUAAUAGGCUCAUUGCGAAAGAGGCCGCGCUGUCGGACGAUGGAAAGGAUGUUUACGCCGGUCUUGGGGGUGCCGGGAGGGGGUAUACCAGAGUACAAUUAGAUGAGGAUGCUCAAUCGGCUACAAGUCUUGAUGAGAACACGAAGUACUUGUUUAAAGAAGCGACUGGAACUGGAGCUGGCGAGGAGCUUGACGAUGAGCAACGAGACGCUGUUUCUCAAAUGCAAGCAACGAAAGAUCUAUUGACCGAAGGGCAAAGGAUAGCAUAUGUAGGAAUGACACGGUUAGUUCUUACCAAGAUGUUGGAACAGGUAGAAGUCAUGGCAACCUCGAGGACAGCCAAGAAAGAGACGCAGCUUUCGGUAGAAGCUAUGAAGAUGUGGAGUCAGAAGAUGAUGGUACGAUUAUAUGCACAUAUGGACAUCAGCACUGCAGAGCAGAUCAUGAUCGAGCAGCUUUCGGAGCAUGGUGUGGUACCGUCAGACCUCACGCCUACAUUGAUGCAAAAUGCCCGUGUGAAGAAUCCUAUGGCUGAAAACGAAUCUACGUCUCCAAGUUUAACGUCACCAAGACCAGAAUCAAUAAGCUCUUUUAAUGGAAGAUCGAGUGUAGCGCUGUCUUCUGCGCCCUCUACUCCACAUUUGCCAUCGACUCCCGGGUACAGAUAUGAUGAAGAAGAGUCUGUUGCGCCACCUCCAGCAUAUCGAGAGCACGAAGGAGAGGAUCUCCCGGAAGUGAGAAUGCCGUCACAGCUCCCAACAACACAGAAUAUUGAUAUCGAUCUUCGGUGGACGGUUCUUUGUGAUCUGUUCCUGACCCUCAUUGCGGACUCUGUGUACGACGCUCGGUCUCGGGUAUUGCUUGAGAAAGUAGGCGAAAAUAUGGAAGUUCCAUGGCUAGAGAUUUGCAGAUUCGAAAAACGAGUCACGGACGCAUUGGAGAUGCAACAAUCAGCAGAGAAGGAGAAUUGGAAUGAAGAUGAGCACAAGGAGAACAGGAGGAAGAUGGCACUGAAAAAGCGCUACAUGAUGAUGGGUCUCGCUACGGUCGGUGGCAGUUUGGUCAUUGGUUUAUCAGCUGGUCUGCUUGCGCCUGUCAUCGGAGCUGGUCUCGCCGCAGGAUUUACGACCAUUGGUGUUGCUGGUACCAGUGGUUUUCUCGCUGGUGCUGGAGGUGCCGCAAUCAUCACGUCUGGCGCUGCUGCUUCUGGUGGUGUUAUUGCUGUUAGAGCCGCGAAUCGAAGAACUGGGGCAGUUCAGACAUUCGAGUAUAGGCCACUACAUAACAAUAAACGAGUCAACUUGAUCGUGACGGUUUCGGGGUGGAUGACGGGUAAGGUAGAUGAUGUUCGACUGCCUUAUAGUACCGUGGAUCCGAUCAUGGGCGACAUAUACUCUGUACUCUGGGAACCAGAAAUGCUUCGAAGUAUGGGAGACACUAUUAAUAUUCUUGCGACGGAGGCUUUGACACAAGGGCUCCAACAAGUCCUUGGCAGUACUAUUCUCAUUGGUUUAAUGGCCGCACUUCAACUUCCAGUCGUUCUAACAAAGCUUGCCUAUCUGAUUGACAACCCUUGGACGGUCUCUCAAGCCCGAGCUGAUGCAGCUGGACUUAUUUUAGCAGAUUCUCUGAUUGAUAGAAACCUUGGUACUCGACCAAUCACAUUUGUAGGCUAUUCUCUAGGAUCCAGAGUCAUCUUUGCCUGUUUGAAAGAGCUUUCCAAAAGAGGCGCGUACGGUCUCGUUCAAAAUGUUUUCCUCUUCGGCUCACCUGUAAUUGCAAACAAGGACGAAUAUUUACGGGCUCGAUCCGUAGUUGCAGGCCGCUUUGUCAACGGUUAUGCGACGAACGAUUGGAUCUUAGGGUAUCUAUUUCGAUUGACUAGUGGUGGUAUCAGUCGAGUUGCCGGCUUAGCUCCUAUCGAAGAGAUCCCAGAGCUUGAGAAUAUCAAUGUCACUGAGUUUGUACCUGGCCACAUGUCAUAUCGAACAGCGAUGCCUCGGUUGCUCAGAGAGGUCGGCUUUCUGGUCGAAAGCGACGAGUUUACCGAGAUCGAGGAUCCAGAUCCCGAGAACCACUCUCAGCGCCAACGAGAGUUGAUCAAUGAGAUCGAAGAAGCCAGAAAAGAAUUCGAGAAACAAGAGAAGGAGAAGGAAGCAAAAGGCAAAUUCGGUUUCUUCAGUCGGAAGAAGAAGGCGGUUGUGAAGAAGCAAGAUUGGGAGACUUACGAAGAAACCAAGGGGGACCCAAGUGCGACUGGAAAUGGAGACUCCAAGAGUGAUAACAACAACGUACUGUUUGAUGUGGAUGCUAUCAGGUCAGAGCUGGCAGGCGAGCAAAUGGAAGUCAAAGAAUUAAAGUCAACUCUACCACCGAUGAAGCUCAACCUAACUGCCAGUCCUGCCAGUCCUCGGAAUAGCUUAGUACGGGGGGCGAAGAGCUACGAUUCAGCACCAGCAGUCAUUCCACAAACAUUCAAACCGUCACCAUCGGCGUCUCCACGGAUCUCUCCAAGCCGAGACUUUCCAGCAAGUAAGAGUCCGGCUUAUAAUUCUGGUUACAACAGUUUCAACGGCUCUCAAUCCAAUGUACAACAAAGUGGUUUUGGAGAAGACGAAAUCCAAAUGACUUUCGAAGAUUCUUUCAAAGCGCCCCCAAGGACAUUUUCUGCCGCGCCAUCCAUUCGACGUUUAUCCGCGUUACCUACUCCAAUACCUUCACCAGCUCCCUCUCCUGGUUUGAAGGCGGUGGACUCGACCAUUCAACGACCAGAUCUCAAGACGAAUAGUAGUACACCGACGAUUCUCCCACAGAUGAAUUUGGGACAUAAUGCCUGGGCAGACGAUGACGAUGAAUUUGGUCCUGAAAAAGAAAUCGAGAUGACUUUUGCAUAA